CUGUAAACAUGGCGGCGCAACUAGGUGUUUCUCACGUGUUUGGAAAUCUUCAAAUAGCUUUUAAUAAGAAUAGUUUCCCUCCUAUAAAUUUAAAACCUCAACAAGUUAAAUGCUUGGAGUUCGGAGUAUUUAUUGAAUGGUCAUGAUGUUGUAGCUGUCUUACCAACUGGAUUGUUGCUAGUACUUUGAACUCGAUAAUCGAGGAUCAACUCAAGGUAUUAAAAGGAGGAGGAAUCAAAGCUGGAGUGCUUCGGAUGAAUGUGGGGAAACGUAAAGAGCAAGAGAAGCUGUUUGAGAAUUUCGCCAUGGACGAAGGCGCGAAGUUUUCUGUUUCACCCGAGGUUUUCGAAGGACGUUGUUCGAUUAUAUUCGCUCAACCUGAGGCGCUACUCAGCGCCGAAGGCAGAAAAUUGAUGUGUAGUAAAGUUUUUCAAGAUAAUGUAGCUGCUUGUGUAAUUGAUGAGGCUCACUGUGUUGAACUAUGGGGUGAAGAUUUUAGAGAUGAUUUUAAGGAACUAGCAGCACUCAAAGCUUUCUUCCCCAGAGUGCCUACCUUGGCCCCUACAGCCACACCACACCUUGUGAAGAAACUUAAAUUUAGUUUGUCUAUGACUAGUGCAAAAAUGGUCUGUGUAAAUCCCAACCGACAAAAUAUAUACCUAAACAAAGAAAUGAGACUAAAUAACAAUUUUGGAAAAGACAGCUAUUCUGCUAUUCUUGAGCCAAUUGCUGAAGAACUUGCUAUGUAACGUAAAAAUUAUCCCAUGA